UAAAUACUGGUUUCGCAAUUCUUCUCGCUGUUUCUUUAAGGUUUUUUUUUUUUAGCUUUCUCUUAAAUUCAAAACCAUAUUUCUUUAAAUUUAUAGGUUCCUGAAUCCCGUCUUGCUUACUGGAUUUUCAACCAUUCGUCGCUAAAAUUUGAGAUUUCGCUUCUGGGCAUGGAUGAGCAAUUCAUUCUUAGAGUUCCACCUUCUGUCGCUGAACGCAUAAAUCGUCUUUUAAGUGAAAACGCUUCAUCUUCCGAGGACAAAUCACUGGAUUUGGAAUUUUCUGAGGAUGGACGGACCGGCACAUUUGUCAUUGGCAAUGAUCGUUUCCCUGCAUCUGUCCUUGAUCUACCUUGUGUUGUUGAGUCAUACAAAACUUACGAUGAUAGUGCAUUGGUUAAAACAGCUGAUGUCGGUCAAAUGAUUUUGGUCAGAGAGUCUGGAGAAGCUUCUCCAGAUGUGGUGGAAUACAGACAUGGUCUAACUCCUCCAAUGAGGGAUGCUCGGAAGCGAAGAUUUCGAAGGGAGCCAGAUCUAAAUCCAGAGCUUGUACAACGUGUUGAAAAAGAUUUGGUGAACAUCAUGUCUGGAGGAACAGUUGAAAAUCUCGAUGCUGAUGUCAAUGGACAAGGUGAUGAGAACGCUCGAAAUGCGAAUAAGAAAGCUCCGCCUGCAGCUGCUGCAAAGCCUGAAGUUCCCGAUACAGGAGACAAUGCCGGGGAACCUGAUGGAUCAGAUUCUGAUGACUCUGAUGAUUCAAUGUGACGUCAACGGCUUUUCCGAUAUGCUUUCAAAGAUUGUCAACAGCUUCAGAAAUUCAUCAGGUUUUAAUGAUCGGAGAACCUGUAUAUAUGCGGUCGUAAUGUUUUGCCUCUUCUUUUCAAAAUGUUCAAUGGACUUGCUUAUUGAACCGCAAAGAGCUACAGCAUAUGCAAUGUGUACUACUAUUUUUGCUUAAUGGUAGUUUGGACUUAUUUACAUUGAUCAAA